AUGGAUAAAUUCUUAACCAGAUCGUCAUCUAUUCCAAACUUAGUCAACAAGAGACCAAGGGAAGAUGGAACCUCCUCAGACCAAUGGCAACAGCCAAAGAGGUUUUUCACCAACUCCAAAGAAACUUCUAAGGAUAGAGAAAUACCAACCAACAACCGAUAUCGAGGCUUGCCUGUAGAUGACCAAACCUCAGAAUUCUACCUAAAGGCUACCAAGAAAAAGGAAGUUAACAAUACUCCUCCAAUAAUUAUCGAGUUACUCGGUGAUUGUACUCAUCAGAAAAUUAAAGACUUAAUCUUAAAACAUAUAAAAGAUUUCCAUAUGCAAUAUAAAGGUAGAAACAUUGUAAGAGUGCAAUGCUACUCCGCUAAAAAUCACCAGCUUGUAAAAGAUUGUCUACUCAAAGAAAAUGUGGCCUUUCAUACAUUCACAAGAAAAGAUGAGAAAUCUCCGAAAGCGGUGAUUAAAGGCUUACCAAAAUCAGUGCAUGACACCCUUCCCACUGAACUAGCCUCAAUAGGUUUUCCGGAAUGUAUCGUAUCCAAAAUCAAAACCCUGCGUCCAACAGAAUAUCCACCUGUUCUUGUCCAGUUACCAAGAGGGACGGAUAUGACUAAAUUUAAACAAAUAAAAUAUGUGAUGAAUUGUGUCGUCGAAAUCCAACGUUAUAAACCUAACAAAAAAUUAGGCACCCAAUGUUUUCGGUGUCAAGGCUUUGGCCAUGCUUCCAGAAACUGCAAUAGGCCGGUUCGAUGCGUAAAAUGUACACUUGCUCAUCCUACAUGGGAAUGUCCUAAGAAAGAAAACGACGGACCAGCCCGAUGUUGCAACUGCCAAGAUAAUCACCCCGCCAAUUAUGCUCAGUGCCAAGCACGACUACAAUAUAUUGAGCGAAUCCAAUCGAAACGUGAAACUUUACGUAAGGCUGUAAUUCCCGAAAUUACUAAUCCAAAAAUUAAUCUGCCUGGCAUGUCCUGGGCUAAAGUCGCAAGUUCAGGUAAGAAAGAUCAGACCAGACCAAGACCUGUAACUCCAGUAGAUGUAGCUAAAAAGACACUUCUGAGGAAUACUGCCUUUUCUCAGCACGAUACGAAUACUUCGGAUCCUGUAGCAAAGACUUCCCAGGAUUUUGAAGCCUCAGAAAUGCUAGAAAUUCUCACUGUUAUAAAAUCCAUCAAAAAAGAAUUUGCCAAGUGUAAAACUUUCAUGGAUAAAGUUAUCUUAAUUUUAACUCAUCUUGGGCAUUAUGUU